AUGGGGGGACCAUGGCUACUUGGGGACACGUACCUAACCGUGCACAGAUGGUUUAAGGGUUUUAAUCCAUGGAAAUCGGUCAUUACAUCCACCAUGAUAUGGGCCCAACUCCCUGAACUCCCGAUCGAGUUCAUAAAUAAGGAAGCAGUGAUGAGAAUUGCUGAACAAAUUGGGAAACCAGUUCGAGUUGACCGAGUCACUGAGCUCGGAGCUAGAGGGAAGUACGCGCGAGUUUGUGUCGAGGUAGACCUAACCCUCCCGUUACUAUCUCAAUACAAGAUCGAAGGUGUGACAUAUCUCAUUCAAUAUGAAGGCCUCGACCAUAUCUGUACAAAUUGCGGGAAGUACGGCAAAUCUGCAGAGAAGUGUGAUUGCAAUUCGAUGGACCCAUCCAUGGACGCAGAUGCUACUCCGCAAGAUGAAGUGCAGGUGGAGGACCCCACCAAAGGACAAACUUACGGGGAAUGGAUGAUGGUCAGGAAAAGAGAUCGACGAAGUGGCCGGAGGGGGGAAUCGGGUGAGCCGACGGGGAACGGACAAAAUAAGCAUAACCGUUCCAAGUUCUACAAGACGACACUGAAGAGGAGAGGACGAGAGGGUUUUCCACCCAAAGUAAGUCGGAUCAGCCCCAGACACAUGUAUCCCCACGUGACUGAUUCAGUACGUGACCCUCACCAUGCAGAAGGGCAUGAGAUUCUAAAGCAACCAACAAAUCAUUAA